GUGAUAAUGUCUAACAUAGCCAUUUAGUCUGGUAAUAGGCCUAUAUCUUUUGGAACCGACGUGACAUCAUUAGCCUAUGUUAGCAAUGCUUUUCGUACCGGUAACUUACUGGAUCCAUAUGAAGCCCUAAGUCCAUAUGUACGUCUAACUGUGGUUUUAUGACAAGAUAUAUAUUAUUGCAGAUGGAUAUUAAUACAUAAACAUCAGAAUAUGGGGAACCUUAAAGAUAGUAACGGACACAUUAUAAGUGGGACAUCAAUUUGUGUUGACUACUGGGUGUCGUCACCAGAAAAGAAAUUUGACCACUUCUUGACUCAUCUACACGCUGAUCACACGGUCGGAUUGAAUUCAUCAUUUGAAGGAACCAUCUACACCUCCCCCUUUAAUUGUUGGCUUCUGCAAAGAUGGUUUAAAAUCAAGCCAGAACAGAUCGUGGUACUGACUGUCGGAGACACACACAUUGUGAGUGAUAGAGAAAGCAACACUUUCUACAGUGUCACUCCGUUUGAUGCCAACCACUGCCCAGGCUCCGUCAUGUUCCUGUUCCAAGGUGUCUUUGGAAACAUUUUAUACACCGGAGACUUUCGUUACAGUCCUACAAUGCUUGAUCAUCCGAUGCUGAAAUCGCUAAUUGAAAAUGAAGCAGUGGACACACUUUACUUAGACAACACGUUUGCAGCUGAAAACUGUGAGUUUCCACCACGCCAAGAAGCAUUGAAGGAUUUAAUCAAGCUCGUAAAGGAACAUCCGGAUCACAGUAUUCUGCUGGGUUUAAGAAAACUAGGAAAGGAAGAGGUGCUUCGAGCUUUAGCAUUGGAGUUUAAGGAAAAAAUCUGUGUUACAUCAGAUAAACUUGCUAUUCUCAAAUAUCUUGGCUACGAGGAUCGUUUGUUCACUACUCAGCAUUCUGAAGCCCGUAUACUGGUAGCUCAGAUCAAUGAUGUAAAUGAACGAUUCAUUAACAAAAUACGAGCCAGCAAAGGUCCUGUGAUAUCCAUUCUAUUAACUGCUUUCUAUACUACAAGACCUCCAUGCACCAAACUCCAAGAUACAGAUACUGACAUGGAUAACGGCAUUUACAAAAUCCCCUACAGUGACCAUAGUUGCCACUCGGAGAUUGUAAAAUUUGUUUCUGAAAUUAAACCUAAACAAUUGUUUCCCGUAGUAAAAAUCAAUAAAAAAUCAAAACUGUACCAUUGUAAUGUUAUACCGGAAAGCAUUUUAAAAUUUUGCAUAAAUUCUGAGACUGUUGAAGAAAUCGGCCAAACAUCAUUCAAACCCGGUAUUAGUGUUGGGGCUGCAAGUGGUCUAAAGAACAAUGUCAUUAGUUAUACAACAAAAGGUCAUUCAGUGGCUAGUUUGAAAACUGUGGAAAUUAAGGCUAAAACUGCUCCAGCUUUAAAAGGAAAGGAAUGUAUGAGUCAAAACUCAAGUGUUGAUAAAAAAGAUGAAUCUGAAAUAGCAAACGAAGAUCCAGAUUUGAUCGUGAGGAGUUAUUGUUCUCCUAGAGUGUCUUUGGAAGAACUUAAUCAAGAUGUCCAAGUUUCUCAAAAGGUAAUACAAUCACCCUUUGAGACAGCUUUGUCUAAUCAGCUUUCAAGUCAAGAGUACUUUACUUUGUCUGAUGAAGAAUUGUCACAGAAACAUGUUCUUGAACAACAGGUUGUCCCAAACAAAUCAAGUGAACAAGCUUCAAGUACCAGUGAUGUAGAUGUGAAUACAGUUCAAAAAGGUUUGAUCAAUAAAUGCUUAAAGAGUAAUGUAAUUAAUACGUUAGGUGAUUGUGAUUCCUCUCCAAACAACCAGACUGUCAUUCCAAAUAAGGUUCCGAUUGCAUCAUGUGUAUCGCUGUUAACUGAUACAAGCCAGUUUAUUUCAAAACAUUCUUUAAAACCAAUUUUGAAACCCAAUGCUACUACAUCCAUGGAGGAAGUAGAUCAAGAAUAUGACAAAUGUGUUAGUUCAGAACCAAGUGUUAUGCCGGUGAUGAGGAAAGAGAUGUUGAUAGAAAAGACUGUCCAUGGGGUUAACAAGAACUUAACAGACCAAAGGAUGUUUCAGACUAAUGAAAAGGUGUCUAAGAAAGAGAGAGAUAAUAGAACUAAUGACCAACAAAAUGUUCUUGGUAACAUAGUCUUUGCAAGUCGUGUAAUAUCACCAGAAAAAUAUCCUGUAAUGAGUUUCAGUGAAGCAUUAACAUAUUCCAGAAGACGUGGUUUUCAGAGUUCCUCAUCCUUCCCAAAAAUGGUGGAACAUGCUGAUAACAAGAAAAUGUUAAAACAAGCUAAAAACCGGAUAGUGGUAGAACAAACAGAAAGCCAGGAAAUAGUAGAACAAACUGAAAACCGGAAAAUUGUUGAACCUGAAAACCAGGAAAUAGUAGAACAAGCUGAAAACCAGAAAAUGGUUGAACGAGCAGAGAAUCGUUGCCAUGACUAUGAGAAAAUUAGAAAUUUAGUUUUGAGAAGCAAGUUUCAUUCAAAAAUGUAUAAAGCACGUGAGGAUUUACCUUUUCAAAAAAUACAUUUAAAUCAUGACCAGAAGAAAAUGAAGGACCUAAUUUUAAACAAAAUUUUUCAUUCUAAACAGACGACUUGUACCCCUGCUCAAGUUACUAAACAAAACGAAGAAAAAGAAGAGGAUGAAAGUGACAAAACAGUAUCUGACCUUGAAGAAAAUUGUGUGACUCUAGAAAUGUUCGAGAAAAUGGACAAGAAAAAUGACCAAAUUCAAAAAGUUAGUAGAGCUUGUGGUUCAACAUCAGUUUCAAAGAAAUUUCAUCAUCUUUUGGUUAACGGGACUCGAAAAGAGUCUUUUGGUUCAGGCUUUUUCCCACCAGCCAUUAAGAAAAACUCCAAAAAAACCAAAAGUAAAAUGUCUGUACAAACUAAAAAUGAAAAGAUGGUGCUAACAAACGACAAAACUUGUUAUAACAAGAGAAACAGAAGUGAAACAAAAGCAAAAUAUCCGAAGGAUCAACAUUGCAACCCUCCCGAAAAGAGUUCCCAAAGCUAUGAGUCAAAUUAUAUCAAGCAGAAUAUUCAUAGUAGUUCAAAAUCAAAUGUAGAAGUAGGCAAUAAGUUAGUGAAACUUAAUUGUAGCACAAGUAAAAAACAUGAUGGUCAAAAUUACACAUCUAGAGAGGAAAAAGAUUUGGUAUUCUAUAAGAAUUUAGUUCCCAUCUAUAAAAGAUGGAAGCAGCAAACAAUGAAAAACCAAAGGAAGUAGAAAAUGUUCUAAUGAAGUAUGAAAAAAAAACAGUUGACAAACUGGAUUACAAGGGUUACAAAGGUUAGAAAAUCAGACCGAGAUUUAAAGCUGAGGAAGUAAAACAUAAUGUAAUUGAGAAUGAAAAAACCUUGACCCUGGCAUUAUUAAUACCAUUGCACUUGUAAAUAAAUGUAGUUAAGCUUUUCAAGCAUGAAUUAUUGUUUUGUGCUAUAGUAAAAUGCACUGGUUAAACAUUUGUGUACAGUACUACAUAUUGUGACAUAUGGGAGACGAGUAUGGUUCUAAAGCAGUCAGCUACCUACUAAUAGCUUUUUUGCAUCGUACAAUAAUUAUUUUCUAAUAAAAUAUAAUUUGCCAAUAGCCUCUGGACGGUUGAUUCUUUUCAACUAGUUAAAAAGUAACUUGUAAUGUCUAAUGAAUACAUAAUACAUGGGUUUUACUUUUCAACAAAUACAAGUCCAAUUGGUGAUAUGUUUGAAAGCAUAAUUAGGUUAUUUUACCAACAUUGUAACUUUUAAGUAUCCCCCCACAAUAGUUUGGGUACAGUAAGUAUUGUUAUUAUACUGUUGAUCUAAUAUAAAUAUCUAAGGAUUUUCUAAAUUGUAAGUUUUUGUUAUGUAUUUGAUAAAAUAAA